AUGUCUAAUUCAACAUUACAAGUCUAUGGAGGAGAUGAGAUUACUGCAAUUGUCAUAGAUCCUGGGUCCUACUCAACUAACAUUGGGUAUUCUGGCACAGAUUGCCCCCAAGCUAUUUUACCUUCAAGUUAUGGCUAUUAUACUGGAGAUAAUGCUGAAAUUACAAAAUCAAUUGGUAAAAAAUCUAGUGAUGAAAGUGAAUCUGAAGAAAGUGAUAGAAAGAGUGCCAGCAUAGAUGCUGGAUCGAAUACUUCUACUAAUGAAACAGAUGAUAAUGAAAACUCAAACAAGAGGGAUAAUUCGAACCAUAGUACCAAAAGCAAUGAUUCAGAGAACUCCUCCAAAGAUAAAGAUAAAGAUAAAGAUAACGAGAAAUCUUCAGAUAUAACUGGAGCUUAUAGAGAUGCCCAAAGACAAGAAAAAAACUCGAGGAUUGUUUUUGACGAACCAAGUCUUACUUAUCCUAGAUCUGACUAUCAAGUUAAACGAAUUAUUGAAAAUGGUAUGGUUGCCGAUUGGGAUAUAGCAGAAGAACAAUGGUCUUGGGCUUUAAGGGAAAAAUUAUAUAUGGACUCAUUUAAAGGUAUUCCAGCUCUACUGACAGAACCUGUUUGGAAUACCGUACAAAAUAGAAAAAAAUCUUUAGAAGUUCUUUUGGAGAAAAUGGAAUUUGAAGCUUGCUAUUUGACUACAAUUCCCACAAAUGUGUCAUUUGCCGCUGGGAAGCCAAAUUGUUUAGUGGUUGACGUAGGACAUGAUACCUGCAGUGUUAGCCCUGUUAUUGAUGGGAUGACUUUAACGAAGAGCGUAAGAAGGAAUUUCUUUGCAGGACGAUACUUAAACAGAUUGUUAGAGAAUUAUAUUAAACCAAGAGAAAUAAUACCUUUGUUUAUGGUAGAAAAAAGGCGCCCCGAAUUUAAACGUAAAAUUUUUGAUUUCAAUAUUGAUCCAUCAGUCAUAUCUUAUGCAAAUGACCAUCAAUUUUUCCAAGAAUGUAAAGAAACUUUAUGCCAGAUAUAUCCAAAUAAUUCAUUUUUAGCGAACGUCAAGGAUGAAUUAGAAUCAUCGGCAAAAAGAUCUAUUGAAGCUCCAUGGGGUGAAAAAAUAGAAUUCGAUAAUAUGACUCGUUUUGGAUUUGCUGAGGAGUUAUUUAAUCCAAAUGAGUCAAACAUACCUGAUAAUUGGAACACAUCAAAAGAUGGGAUUGUUGAAACAUGGCAUAACGAUUAUAUUCCAUUGAAGAGAAAUAGACCCAAUACAAAUAUAAAGGAUAAAGAAAAUAAUAAUAAUGGAAACAAUAAUAAUGACGAGACAUCGAAAGAGCACACUGCAGAUGCCAUUCUGGCUCCAACCAAUGCUGAUACUCCAUCUGAAAAUAUCAAUGAGAACGGUAAAAGAUCAAUCGAAGAUGGCGAAAAUGUUGAUGUUCCAAAAAAAAGCGAUAAAAAGGAUAUUGACAACAUCAUACCUGGUAUCGCAGAUUUGGUGGAAGCAACAGUCAAUUCUAGUGAUGUUGAUUUACGUGCAACUCUUGCUCAUAAUGUAAUUUUAACAGGUGGAACAUCCUUAAUUCCAGGUCUUGCUGAUAGACUAAUGUAUGAAUUGAAUAAAAAACUACCUGCUUUAAAGUUUAGAAUUUUAUCUUCUGGUCAUAGAAGAGAAAGAAAAUAUCAGGCUUGGUUAGGUGGUAGCAUUUUAACUAGUUUAGGGACAUUUCAUCAAUUAUGGGUUGGUAAAAGGGAAUAUGAAGAAGUAGGGCCAGAUAGAUUAUUGAAAGAUAGAUUUAGAUAA